AUGGGAGAUUCAUGGGCAAUGUUUACUGAAGAUAUCGAUUACGAUCAUGCACAGACAUCUAGUCCCCCAGUAGCGGCCACUCGUGACGUUUGGGACGAUGAAACACCAAGCCGCAAUUAUUAUGAAAAUCCUGACAACAAUUCUCCUCCCCUCGCAAAUAUCGAACCACUAAUUCCGGAAUCACCCGAAUUUAAACCUCCCCAAGAAUUUGUUGUGCCUGAAUCUGCUCCGUCUGGGAGAUUUAAUAUGCCUUUCGGUUCUCUACCUCUACAUUCAUAUCAAGAGAAAACUUUAUAUGCUUCGGUAGUUUUCAACUCAUUACGCAAUGAGAUAUUCAAGUUCAAAUCGUCUCUCGAAGUUAAACCUGGAUGUUUCGUCAUCACUGAAGCGGAUCGUGGUUUAGAUAUCGGCAGUAUUGCAUCAAUUAUUCCUUCACCUAAACCCAAAGAUAUGAAGAAUGCUAAGGCAAUACUUCGUAUUGCUACCCCAUCAGAGAUACAAGAAGUUCAAAUGAAGCUUGAUAAAGAAAGAAGGGCAAAGGAAAUAUGUCAACAAAAAGCAAACGAGCUUGGUCUCAAGAUGACAAUCAUCACAACAGAGUUCCAAUUUGAUGGAAAGAAAUUGACAGUAUAUUUCAGUGCAGAUCAAUUCGUUGACUUCCGAAAUCUUGUCAGAUCUUUGUUCAAAUUCUUUGAGACCAGAAUUUGGAUGGUUUGGUACGACGGAAAUGCUCCAGUCAAAGAUGUUCUUGAACAGCGCAAUGCCCAGAUGUAUAGGCGCGACUAA